GCGGACGCGAUCGCGACUCGCUCCCCUGUCUUCGAGGCUGGCAUGUUCGUUUCCUUUCGCCAUCUCCAGCACCACCUCGAUUUGCGCACAAUGUCAGCUCCUCUGCGUCGCAGCCGCCGUGUUCAAUCAGCCGCGCUUGCAGCUCCGGCUGUGGACAUCAGCAUUGUCAACUCGCCUCCAGCUCCAGCAGCGGCAACAGCGGCAGCUUUGGUCUCCCUUGACGUGAAAGUCGGGACGAAACGCAAACGCAAGACCUCUGUCACCACUGUCGAAGAAGACGGAGAUGGGGCUAUUAUCGAGCGCGAGGUCGUCAAGAAAGUUCGCAAAACGCGGGAACCAAAACCAGAGCCGGUAUACAUCAUUCCCGAUGUAGAGCGUAAAGAAACCUCCUUCAAAGGCAGACUAGGUUAUGCUUGUCUGAACACCAUCCUGCGAAAUAAGAAGCCGGCCAAGGAUGCCGUAUUCUGCUCGAGAACCUGCAGGCGAGCGAUCAUACUUGACAGUAUCAAGAAGAAUGGCAUUGACUGGGUCAAGGAUCUAGGCCGCAAGAACGUCGAGGAUCUGUUGCAGAUCAUCGAAUGGAACGAGGAACAUAAUAUUCGUUUCAUGCGCAUGUCGUCGGAAAUGUUCCCAUUUGCCUCGCAUCCUGUGCACGGAUACACCCUCGAGUAUUGCGCCCCACUGCUUGCCCGAGUGGGCGAUCUGGCAAAUCGACUGGGGCACCGGCUCACUGCCCACCCUGGGCAAUUCACCCAGCUGGGCAGCCCGAAGGCGGAUGUCGUCGCCUCGUCCAUCCGCGAGCUCUCGUACCACUGCGAGAUGAUGGAACGGAUGGGUCUGGGCCAGGACAGUGUGAUGAUCAUCCACGGGGGCGGCGUCUACGGCGACAAAGCAUCUGCGCUCGAGAGGAUCAAGGUUGUGGUCCAGGAGCAGCUCCCUCCUGCAGUGAGAGCCCGGCUCGUGCUGGAGAAUGAUGAAAUGUGCUACAAUGCUGAAGACCUGUUGCCGCUUUGCGAAGAACUGGACAUCCCGUUGGUCUUCGGUUACAAUGUUUGCAAACGAUUACACGGUCUGGAACUGAUACCCGUCCAUAUAGAUUACCACCAUGAUUCAUUGUUUCCGUCAUCCAUCUCACACGAAGAGAUAUUUCGAAGGAGCGCAGCUAUCUGGUCCCGACGAGGCAUCCGGCCCAAGCAACAUCUGAGCGAGCCCCGUCCAGGAGCGGAAUCUCUUAUGGAACGCAGGGCACACGCCGAUCGAUGUGAAUCAUUACCGGACGACUUGCCAAUCGAUAUGGCCGAUAAUCUAGAUCUCAUGAUAGAAGCAAAAGACAAGGAACAAGCCGUGUUCGAGCUGUAUCGCAUCUACGGUCUCAUGCCCGUCAAACAGGAUUCGUUGAGGCCGCCAAACGAAAAUCAAACCACCGAAACGAAGGGUCGCAAGUCUCGCAAGAGGGCGACGGUUCCCAUGUCCGACGACGAAUAGUUGAUUGUGUCUGACUUGGCAGUUUCACGUCUCCCGUAGCACAGUUAUGUGAUAGACCACUUUCUUGUUUGAGCAACCAAGUGUUGCUUGUUCUUGUUGAUCCCACAAGCUCAGUGGAACGAUCAAUUUUGCCUCUGUCCAUUUACAAACUCGGAAGCGCGCAGCUGCCUCCCUGUCAACUCCUUUUGAGAGCUCCCCAUCCCAGUUAGCUUGACAAGAUGCCGAUGCCAGCCAGACGAAGAGGGAACAAGAUCAGGGGAAUCCAGUUCACCAUCAUGGUGGUUGGAGCCUCCGGUACUGGACGUACGACCUUUGUCAACACGUUGUGUGAAUCCGAGGUUCUGGGCCACAAGAUCUUGGACACUCCCGAGAACACGCAUAUUGAGGAGAACAUCAAAAUCAAGCCGGUGAAUGUCGAGCUUGAGGAGGAGGGUGUGCGUGUUGCGCUGACUAUCGUCGACACCCCCGGUUUCGGCGACAACGUCGAUAAUGAGUCUGCGUUCCAAGAGAUCAACAACUACCUCGAGCGCCAAUACGACGACAUCCUCGCUGAACAGUCCCGUAUCAAGCGAAACCCUAAGUUCAAGGACAGCCGUGUUCAUGCGCUGCUGUACUUCAUCACCCCAACCGGGCAUGCGCUGCGGGAAAUGGACGUCGAGCUGAUGCGGCGGUUGUCCCCGCGCGUGAACGUCAUCCCGGUCAUCGGCCGCGCCGAUUCGCUCACUGUCAGCGAACUGAAGGCGUUCAAGAAGCGAGUGAUGGAGGACAUCGACCACUACGAUAUCCCGAUCUACAACUUCCCGUACGACGUGGAGGAGGACGACGAGGACACGAUCCAAGAGAACAUGGAGCUCCGGGCGCUCUUGCCCUUCGCUGUCAUUGGAUCGGAGGAGGAGAUCGACAUCAACGGCGAGCCGGUGCGCGCCCGGAUCUACCCGUGGGGUGUCGCCGAGGUCGACAACCCCCAACAUUCCGACUUUGGCCGCCUGCGCAACGCUAUCUUGACCACUCACCUGGGAGACCUCAAGUCGCUGACCGAGGACGUGCUGUAUGAGACUUACCGUACUGAGAAGCUGUCGCGAAGCGUGCAUUCCACCGUCCGAGAUUCGACUCUUCUGCCAGAAGAGUUGGCGAACCAAAGCGUCCGCCUCAAGGAGGAGCAGCUUCGUCGCGAGGAGGAAAAGCUCCGGGAAACCGAGCUGAAGAUCCAGCGCGAGAUCAACGAAAAGCGACAGGAGCUGCUUGCCAAAGAGGAGUCGCUGCGGAAUCUCGAGAGCCGCCUAACGGCGCAAGGGCUCAGCGGCGAGCAGAGCCCGAUGUACUAGAUUGUGGGCUCCUUUUUCUUGGACACGGGCCUCGUAUUUAUCUGCCCUGCGAAUCUCCGGUACUCUAUUCCGCUUACAAACGUCUUGAUUACGGAACGCUGUCGGAUGUGGAUGUGGAAGUGUAUACGUAUACCCUCUUUAGUGCCAUUUAUCAACGUGCUACUUUACUUAUCCGGAAUCCGGUGUUGUUUGUUUCGUCGCGGACCAGAGUGCGGGAGAGCUGUAUCUUACUAGUCACAUCUCUACACGGACUCCAGGGGUACACGUGAUCGUGUCGAGAGGUGCUCAUUGAUUCUUGCGUCCUCCACUACACCACGAUAGCCGGCGGGACGCGCGCGAUAACUUCGCAGAUCGAUCAGACGAGAGGUCGAACGCUCGAAACACGAGAACUCGGAGCUUGAUUGCAGAGUAGUGGCGCGUUCUCAAGUUGACGACUGAUACUAAGGUCCCCUCGAGGGUGGACUUAGCGUCACUUCGCCACGGGUUCAUUACAUAUACAUUCAAUCAAAACAUGUCGUCCGAUUGUGGAAUAA